UUUCAUGAGCAACCGAACUCGAUUUGGAAACAGCGCGGGAACUGCCGGAGACGGGUCGUCCUCUCUACAUCUCGAAGAACCUCCCUCAUAUCAAAUUCAAUAUGGCUGAACCAGAACCGGCUGCUUCGACUGGGACUGAUCCUUUCAAUCAGACAGGCGCCAAGGUCGUUAUAAAGAAUGUCGACAUGACUGAAGACAUGCAGCAAGCCACCGUCGAUAUAUCCAUCGCAGCUCUCGAAAAGUUUGCGAUUGAAAAGGAUAUCGCAUCACAUAUCAAACGCGAGUUCGACACCAAGUAUGGGCCAACGUGGCACGUAGUCGUCGGAAAGAACUUUGGGAGUUACGUUACUCAUGAAACCAAGCACUUUAUCUACUUCUACGUUGGAUCUCACGCGUUCUUGAUAUGGAAAUCUUAGACGGACUCGAACAUUGUCCAAAAAGUGAAUAUCCGCCAUUUCUUUCACCGAUAUUGACCCGAGCUCACACUCAAAUUCC